AGGCCGGGUGGUUUGCCUUUCAUUUUUUUUCCCUUCAGCGGGAGCAGCGUCGGUUAUUGUUUCGGCGGAACCAUGAGGGGCGACAGAGGCCGUGGCCGUGGCGGGCGUUUUGGUUCCCGGGGAGGUGCCAGCGGGUUCCGGCCCUUUGUGCCUCACAUUCCGUUUGACUUCUAUGUGUGCGAGAUGGCUUUCCCGCGUGUCAAGCCAGCCCCGGACGAGACAACUUUAAGUGAAGCCCUGCUGAAGAGAAACCAGGAUCUUGCCCCAACUUCAUCUGAACAAGCCUCCAUCCUCUCUUUGGUGACCAAGAUCAACAACGUGAUCGAUAACUUGAUUGUGGCUCCUGGGACAUUCGAAGUGCAAAUCGAAGAGGUGCGCCAGGUGGGAUCCUACAAGAAGGGCACCAUGAUGACUGGGCACAACGUGGCCGACCUGGUGGUGAUCCUGAAAAUCUUGCCCACGCUGGAAGCUGUGGCUGCCUUGGGAAACAAAGUCGUGGAGAGCCUGAGGGCACAGGAUCCUGCUGCAGUGCUGACGAUGCUCACCAACGAGACCGGCUUCGAAAUCAGCUCCGCUGAUGCGACGGUGAAGAUCCUGAUCACAACUGUGCCACCCAACCUCCGCAAGCUGGAUCCGGAGCUCCACCUGGACAUCAAAGUGUUGCAGAGCGCCCUGGCAGCCAUCCGGCACGCUCGCUGGUUUGAGGAAAACGCCUCUCAGUCCACGGUGAAGGUCCUGAUCCGUCUGCUGAAGGACCUCAGGAUGCGCUUCCCCGGCUUUGAGCCCCUCACGCCCUGGAUCCUGGACCUGUUGGGAAACUACGCUGUGAUGAACAACCCAACCCGGCAGCCCUUGUCUCUCAACGUUGCAUACAGGCGUUGCCUUCAGAUCCUGGCAGCGGGGCUUUUCCUCCCCGGCUCCGUCGGCAUCACGGACCCCUGCGAGAGCGGGAACUUCCGAGUCCACACGGUCAUGACCCUGGAGCAGCAGGACAUGGUGUGCUACACAGCUCAAACCCUGGUCCGCAUCCUCUCUCACGGGGGCUACAGGAAGAUCCUCGGGCAGGAAGGAGACGCCAGCUACCUGGCCACUGAGAUGUCCACCUGGGACGGGGUGAUCGUGACCCCCUCGGAGAAGGCCUACGAGAAGCCACCCGAGAAGAAGGAGGGGGAAGAGGAGGAGGAGAAUCAAGAGGAGCCUGCUGCCGAGCCGGAAGAAGAGAGCAUGGAGACCCAGGAGUGACUUGCCAGCUGGGUUUCUCCUCGUGCCCCCGUCGUGGACGGCCGAACCAGUUUGAAGCUGCAGGACAGGACCAAAACCGGUGUCCUUCCCGUGUUUUGUUUAAUUGUGUUGUUUUUAUAGCCUUUGCCAUUAAAAAAGAGUUCCUCCCCCCCCUUUUAAA